CUUUUCAAGACAUGCUGUGACUGUGAUCCUGUUACGCUCUAUACCGAAUUUCAUGCAGCGUGCAGCUGCCAAUACCUUAAACUUAACUUUCCAUGGCCGAGCCAUCCUGGCAAGAGCUCCUCCGCCUCAGACUAUCAGAGCGAAACGCAAAACAAAACGCUUUCGCAUCCAUCAUCGAGCAAUACCGCAGACUCGCUCAACAAACCAAGCUCCUCAAAGAGCGUAAUGCAUCUCUCCUCAAAGCCGUCGGCUCCGUUCGCGCAAACCCAAGUAGCUCGACGGUCCAUGUACCUGGAACAGCAUCAAACGAAGACAAUCCUGUGCGCGCAGCGUACAUGUCCUCGCUCGAAUCACAGAUUUCAUCUCUUCGCGAUGAGCUCGCGACCGUGUACAAGACACAAGGCCAGAACGCUCAACGCCUGCUAGCCAUGAACGAAACUCUCCGCGAAAAGGAAGAAGCAUCGCGCAUCGAGACUGAGAACCUCCGCAAAGCGCGAGAAGAAGUCGCGCAUCUGCGUAGGAAGGUCGAUCAGCACGCAGAGCUCAUGGCUGAGAAAGAUCGUACUGCCCAGGUCCUCCAUGAUGAGAUCAACACGCUUCAGCUUGAACUCGGCCAGAUCGAUGAACGGAAUCAGACGCUAACGAAGGAUAAUGCUAAACUCCUUCAACGAUGGCUCGAUGAUAAGCAGGCACAGGCAAACAAGAUGAACGAGGCAAACGAUUUCUAUGAGGAUAUGCGUUCGCGGCAUCAGGCUGUGCUUAACUGGCGUGAUGGCGGAGAUGGAAAACCAGCAUCAGGCAAUAGUACUUCGGUGUCGGGAAAUGGGGUGAAGGAGGGGGAGGGAGUAGGGGAGAUAUUGACGGAUGGCAUGAAGUUGCAGGGGGAGACGAGCUUGGAUCAGACUCCGAAUGGUUGAUGGUGGACGAUGAGUAGACCCUACUUCACGCACAUACUACCCCCUUAUAAUCACAUACCCUUUCUGACUCAGGAUGAACAAAUGAUCGGUCGGACUCUUCAGCUAAGUCGUGAACUUCACUAUCAAAAAGAACCUAUUGCACCGUCGAGUAGACGUAGUUUAAUGAGAAACCGCGCAUCUACCGAGGAUAUAUACACAAACAACAAUCAAAGACAGAGAAACGAGGAAGAAAAAGAACAAGAGACAGAUGAAAUACUUCAUUAGCAAGAGACGCAAGAGGGGAAGUGAAUAAUUGGAAUCAGUCAAUAACAAAUGACGAGACGGAAAACAAGGAUAAGACUGUUCUUGGAUGAA